GACGGUCGGCCAACGCGUAUGGACGGACGCUGCGCCUUUUCUGCCCCUGGGUGAGAGAUCCUUCAAGUUCUCAGAGUGGAGAUUCUAGGACUGUGGACGGAUUGUUGGUACUGUGUUUAUGAAGGGUUUUAUUUUCACAGUGCUGGAAGCGAGGAAAAAAAAGGGAAAUAAACGGUGAACAAAUAUCAGCUUUUCUACUAUGGUUGUUUAUUUCGAGCCGAAUCGUCAACAGCGCGCGGGGUUUAGAAGAAUGUGAUAGUUCUGUUUUGGUGGUGUGUGGACGACGUUUGUGGGAAGAAAUGAGAGUCGACCGAGGGGAAGGGAAGCAUUAGUGGAAAAAGAGAAGAAAAAAAACGAGUGAUCGAAGAGCAUACAGCAUAGAGUGGAGGUAGUGUUUGAAUGAAGAAGAAAAGGAAGAAAGAAUAUCGUAAUCAAAGUGUUCGUUAGUUAUAUGUUUAGUGCGCUAAGUUCUGCUGGGUGUUACAUACUGCCAGGUUAUAAUUCUCCGAACAAUUCUCGCCCAAAAAUCGUAGAAAAGAAACUGUGUUCAAAUCUAGCAUAUAGAGAGUGUGUCAAACUACGGUGAAAUUGGUUUCCGAAGUGAAGAAAAUAUUUAAAGAGUGAGAUUAAAAAUUUUCAAAGUGUUAGCAGUGAAGAAAUUUCCGUAUAUAUUAUUGAUUCCGAAUGUUGUUCAACUACACUGCCAUUUUUGCAGCCUGCGUGUGUGUAUUUAUUUUUUCGUGUUUUCAUGUGAAUCCGUGUGUUCGUUUUGCACGACCAUCGCCAGUGGUACUGCCAGCAGCCAGCCAUUGCUGCUAGAAGAAGACUCUCUUCCUACACUGCCAAACCGACCGUCAUCGUCAGAGAAUGGAAUAAAAUUGCAUGUGCUCCGAAACGAGAAAGAGAGCAAAACAGAUGCAGGGUUGUACCGGAAGUAUACGCUAUUAGAACCAAGGUGAUCUACGGAAGUGACUUUGUUUUCCAAAGGAUGAUUGUACGAUAAGUCCAACUCAACUGCCAGUAACAAGUGAUUCAUGCUAAGUAAAGUAAUCGAAAGCUGCCAUUAUAGCAUUAAAAACUGCCGAUCUAAAUUUAAGACACAAAUCAAAGGUCGAUAAAAUCGUUUCAACAGUUGCUGUAUGUCUGUCCGGACUUCACGCGUGCCAAUGAGGUUCACCUGCGACUUGGGCUUAUGCUCAAAGUGAAUGGAGAUUACGAGCAGUCGUUGAAGCACCUGCAGCUCGCCUAUUCCGACUCUUCGCCGUGCACUUUUGGCAAGCUCGAGAUUCGUUUCCACAUCGCGCAUCUGUAUGAGGUCCAGAACAAGUUCAAAGCGGCAAAGGAAGCAUACGAACUGCUACUCGGUGACAAACAGCUGACACCAGUGCUGAAGGCCGACAUCUGCCGCCAGCUGGGAUGGAUGUACCACAGUGUUGAACCUCUCGGGGAGAAGGCACAGCGCGAACGCUCCGCAAUACACUGCCUGCAAAAAUCAAUCGAAGCGGAACCCAAAUCCGGCCAGACGCUCUACCUGCUGGGACGGUGCUUCGCCGGGAUCAACAAAGUUCACGACGCCUUCAUAGCCUACCGCAACUCCGUCGAGAAGAGCGAGGGAAACGCGGACACAUGGUGCUCCAUCGGAGUACUUUACCAACAGCAGAACCAGCCUAUGGAUGCGUUGCAGGCCUACAUAUGUGCCGUGCAACUCGAUAAAUCCCAUUCUGCAGCCUGGACCAAUUUAGGUAUUUUGUACGAAAGUUGUAACCAACCACGGGACGCAUAUGCGUGCUAUUUAAACGCCACAAAAAACUCGGACGGGCAGCAAUCGACCGUAGUGUCAGCCUUAACCACUGCCAGCAGUGCCAACACUAGUGCAACAUCAGCAACAACACCAACAACAACUGGAACAGCAAACGCAACAACCAACACAACAUCUUCAUUAAGUUCUGGAGCAACAGGAGUGACGACACCAACGACAGGAACCGGACCAGGAACAAACGCAGGACGAAUCGGGUGUAGCCUUACCGAUCCGACGGUCGUUGGGGGCGGUGCGAAACCCCAAAGCCUCACCCAGAGGAUUAAGUUUCUGCAGCAGCAUUUGGCCCACGCACCUAUGCCGAGUAUCACCUCGAAGCGACGGCAGCUGCCUUCGAUCGAGGAAGCGUGGAAUCUGCCAAUCUCGAACGAAAUGAGCUCCCGCCAGCAGCAGCAAGCGGCCACAGCCCAGACACAGCAGCGACAGUUCCAGAAGGGGUACACGCAGGGCAAUCAACCGGCUCAAUUCCAGGGCAGCAAUGCAGCAGCAGUGGCGAACAAACGCUUUAAACAGGAGGAGGGACAGAUGGGGCGACCCGGACAAGUCCCGAAUUUCUACCUUAACCAACAGCAACUUCAGAUGCUUCAAUAUUUACAACAGAAUCAGAACAGUCUCAACGCCCAGCAACAGAACCUGCUACAGCAAUAUGCCCAUCAAUAUCGUCUGAUGCAGCAACACCAGCAACAGAUCCGUUUGCAGCAGCAGCAGCAGCAACAAGCUCAGCAACGAAACCAGCAGGUUGGAGUUGCGACAUUCCAAGGUCAAGGCCAGCAGCAACCAGUUGCUGGAGGUGGUUAUUCACAGCAAGGCCAACAGGGUCAGCAGCUCGGGGCCCCCGAUAAUGGCAAUUUUCCAGCCGUCUCCGGCCAACCAUUCAAAACGGCCACCGGAAGCUAUGGCUGUGCGGGAGGUUACCCAAACCAACCAAGUUCGGCCUUUGGACAGAUUGGUUCCAACAGUCAGGCGGAUCUAGACCAAGAGCUGCAAGCUUUACUUUCAUCUAAGGACGACACUGCCACAUUUGCCGAAACACUGCUCAAACAGUUCGGUUCCGAUGAUCUGGACAUCAAGGAUAUUAAACCGCUGGAUCAACAAAAUGGAAUACCUGUGUCAGUCGUUUCGGAUUCUACGUCCGUUCGAUCGGGCGGAGAACGGUCUCCCACCAUCAAGGCGGAAGCUACCUCCUCGACGGGUGGAAGCAGUCCAACGUCUGCCGCCGCGAAACGUCAUCUGCUGGCGAAACAUGACAUCAAGCUAGAGCCGGUCAUAAAAAUCGAAAAGCUCUCCGAGCCCAGCUUGAAGCCGGGAUUCACGAUCGAUAUGACCUCCAAAGAGCUGCUGCAAGCGGUCAAAAAGUGUGACCUGAAGGACGUUUCCGCUGGGUUUUCGACACUUUCGCAGGAUGCUCCGCCACCGGCUCCACCUGAGUGCCCACCGCAGCGAUUAACCCGCGAACAGCUGCAACCUCCGACCCCUUCUGUGUUCCUGGAGAACAAGAAACACGCCUACAGUCCCCAGCUGCAAGAGUUCUGCCUGAAGCAUCCCAUCGCCGUAGUGAGACAGCUUGGGGCAGCCCUCAAGCUGGAUUUGGGUCUGUUCUCGACCAAAACUCUUGUCGAGGCGAAUCCGGACCACAGCAUCGAGGUGCGAACCCAGGUUCAUCAGUCCUCGGACGAGAACUGGGACCAGUCGAUGAAGUCCAAGGUGUGGGCGUGUAUUUCGCAUCGGUCGCAUACGACAAUCGCCAAGUAUGCACAGUACCAGGCUUCUAGUUUCUCGGACAAGAUUAAGGAGGAGCGCGACAAGUUGGCGGGCAUCGUGAGCACCAAUUCGGAUUCCGACUCGAAGGACUCCAUCACGAACAGCAGCGGCACGGGGACGAGCAACAACGGCAAGCGGAAGAAGUGUAAAAACGGCAACAAAAUGCUGCGCUUUGGUACGAAUGUGGAUUUGUCGGACGAACGCAAGUGGAAGACCCAGCUGCAGGAGCUGCAGAAGUUGCCCCCGUUUGCGAGGGUAGUUUCCGCGGCCAAUAUGCUGUCGCACGUGGGCCAUAUGAUUCUGGGCAUGAACACCGUUCAGUUGUACAUGAAGGUGCCCGGGAGUCGAACGCCCGGUCACCAGGAGAACAACAACUUCUGCUCGAUCAAUAUCAAUAUUGGACCGGGGGAUUGCGAGUGGUUCGCGACGCCAGAUUCGUACUGGGGUGGUAUCCAGGCACUCUGCGAAAAGAAUAAUAUAAACUACUUGCACGGAUCGUGGUGGCCUGCCUUGGAAGACCUAUACGCGGAGAAUAUUCCCGUGUAUAGGUUCACCCAGCGGCCGGGCGAUUUAGUGUGGGUUAACGCCGGUUGUGUUCAUUGGGUGCAGGCCAUCGGAUGGUGUAAUAAUAUCGCGUGGAACGUUGGACCCCUGACGGCGCGCCAGUAUCAGCUAGCGGUCGAGCGGUACGAGUGGAACAAGCUGGAAAGUUACAAGAGCAUCGUGCCGAUGGUUCAUCUCAGCUGGAAUCUUGCCCGCAAUAUCAAGGUUGCCGACCCGAAGCUGUACGAGCUUAUUAGAACUUGUCUGAUGCAAACGAUGAAACACUGCAUGCAAAUUCUGGAGUACGUUAAAUCGAAGGGUAUAGAGGUUCGAUUCCAUGGUCGGGGGAAGAACGAAGCGUCUCAUUACUGCGGACAAUGUGAAGUGGAAGUGUUCAACAUUCUGUUCAUCCGGGAGCAGGAGAAGCGCCACGUCGUUCACUGCAUGGGUUGUGCUCGGAAGCAGGCUCCCUCGUUGCAGGGAUUCGUCUGUCUCGAGGAAUACAAAAUGGCCGAAUUGAUGCAAGUGUACGACGCGUUCCUGCUUCAGACGGCUCCUCCGCUACCAAUUCAACCUCCUGUGGCACCAUCGCAAUCACCACACCAGCAACAACAGCAACAGCAGUUACAUCUGCAUUCAUCCUCGUCGUCACAAUCGGUCACCGCUCAGUUGCCUGUAUCAUCCACCUCAGUCGUUACCAUAAGUUCGUCAUCGUCCAGUUCGUCGAUAGGUGCCGUGAUCACUAGCACACCCUCGAGCAGUAGUAGCAGUUCAGGCCAAAUCGGAACCCCCAUGCAGGUCUCGUAAGUUUAGUAUUUAAGUUCAAAGCUUCUCUAUCCAAGGCCCCAACUCUUGGAGAUGUUUGAGUUUAGUUCAAUUAUACGACUUUUCUGCUUUCUUUACUGUUUCACUCUCGCGUGAUGAGGAAAUCAGAGAGAAGGAGAGAGAGGGUGCCAACUAAAAGACUACAAUAAUCCCUCCCAAAUGAAGAAAAAAAAGAAGUCGAAAAACAUUGUGUAUAAUAUCCAUUUUUUGUACAUAUCCAAGUAUCGUAGAUUUUCUGCUAAAUAUAGUUCGUAAGUCUAGAUUGCAAGAAGAAAGCUAAACAACCAAUAAUGAAACACAUAAUUAUUUAUGCAACCAAUCACUGCUUCAUUAAUUAUACGCAAACCGCGAUAGAAGACGAACAUUUUUUCCCGGGAUAUAUUGCUAGAACAUGAAGAGAGGGGAAUCACACAAAUUCUCUCUCCUAAUCUAAGUAGUUUAAUUUAUUUGGUGUGGCAUGCUGAACGAUUUCAUGGGCUCAUCUUUUCUUCUGUUGUUGUGUGCUGGUGUUUGACCACCGGUGAAGAAACAGUGUGAGAGAGGGGUGGGGAACAGAGCUCUCACCUAGAUGUAGACAUGCAGGGAACCGUCGGAACGCAGGAGCUGGUCGAUAACCAUUACAAAAAAAAAAACCAUGAGCGAGAGUGAACAAAACCAGGCGGCUUAUAUAGAAGCAAACACAAAAUGGAACACUGUUAUUAGCUUUUCAUAUUUCGAAACACAGACGAGACACAGAAUCCGGAAACAAGAUACAAACAAUACAACAACAACAAAAAAAUAGUUUUUUAAUGAAGCGAAACGUGAAACAACAAAACAAUCCUCAGGUGAUUUAAGAAAAAAUAGUUUAAAAAAGAAGAAUGAAAUUUAGCGUAAAAAAAUGAUAAGUUAACAUUUUGAAGCAAGCAGCAUAAACAACACACAGCCACAAAUAUUCUUGCAGAACGCGCGUGACGGAAAAAGAGAGAAAGAGAAAAGUUACGACAGGAAGUGAACCGAGUUCACGUAAAACAGAGCGUAGAAAAAUAUUUUUGAGUAACACGAGAGUAGCGAUGGUGUUUGGAAGACCAUUUCUUAAAUUUUCAUUUACUCUGAGUAAUAUAGCGAAAAACAGCAAGCACACACGUCCACACAACAUACACACACACUGAUUGAGAGGGCACUUCUGAUUGCGAUAAUACGGAGUUUAUUACAUAAGGAAAACGUAUUUAGUUUCUGAGUGGGAAAAAAAAAGUUUUAUAGGUCCUAUUGUGCGCUUCAGUUUCAUUUUUUGAAUAUUUAACUUUGAAGCGAUGAUUGGUAUAAUACCACCGGUUAGGAUAAAGUAAAUCAAACUGUAAGGGGUGGUGAAUUCAUUCUAGGAUGGAUGAGGUGUACAGUUUCUGACAAAAUUUCUUAAAAUUGCGUACAAUUCAUGGAUUAUUAUUGGGCUGCCCGAAAAGGCCAAUUUUUUGAGUUCAAAUCAAAAACUUUUUUCUUGUACAUAGAAUGAACGCAUAAAGACGAGAUAUACAUACAUACAGCCCUGUUCUGUAUUCCGACGGAUUUCCAUUUCGUUCGAAAACAUUAUUUCGUUCGAGUUAUAAUUUUGCGUUCCUUAUUUCGAACGUUUUGACCAUUUAAUGUUCGAAGAGAAACAAAUCGAACAAAAUGCAAAAACUACUCGAACGGAAUACAGAAUAGAAUUUCAUCAACUCGUUCGAAAUAUUCCGAAUCGAUCGAAAUACAGAAUAGGGGUAUAGUGUUAAAGGUUAAACUCUCAAGUUUUGGAAUAUUUCACGAACAAAUUUUCAUCUUGGUAUGUGUAGAUGUAUUGGACAAAAAUAUCGGAAAGGAAUAAAAGAAAUCAUUCAAACAACAACAUAUAGCGCGUUGACACCAAUAGAAGGAAGACUUUCUAAACCUUCAAAACAUGAAUCCGUGAAAAUAUCCUGUAAAACUACUGUAAAUCACGAAAAGACAGUUUCAUUUAUAUGUUUGGAAACAAUUGAAUACCUGAUUUCACAACAGUGCGCUGAACUAGAGCAUUCAAAAAAUGCCGAAUCAAAAAACGGGGCAUGUUUUUAUAGAGUAGAAAGAGCAAAUGUCGCGUUCUUUCUACGGACAAUGUGGACAGAGAAAAUAUUUCAAUGUCAGCUCCGCCCGUUUUCAAUUUAUUGAGAAUAUACAAGUUAUUCGCGAUUUCACAACAUCCACGAUUCAUCCCGUCAUUCAGCUAGCGACCAGACGGCAGCGAGGUUUUUCAAAUGACCUUUCUCAAAGCCUAUAGUUAAGCCUUAAAAAUUGACCUCCAGAGCCUCUAUAAUACAAACCAUAACCAUCAUUUUUCAAGUCACAGUCUCGCUCCAGCUAGCAAACAGCAGUCUUUCUCAAUGCUGAUGUCAGACACAGCUGUUUUGCUCGAUAGAAGGGAAAAAAGAGAGGAUAGGUAUCGCACCCAGUGGUGCAAUUUCCUUCGCUGGCUGCUGUGUUACAACGCUAUACCAGCUAUCGAGUGAACGUUGAAUGUGGUGUUUUGUAUAAAUCUCACGUACGUAAGCACGUAAGCUUCUGGGAAUUUGUUAACAGCAAUAGGAAAAACUCGAGCAUUACGCCCAAGGUGAUUAUUCUUGAUUAGAAAAAGUCAUCAUCUCCUGACGAUGUGUGUGAAAUGUUUGCGAAACAUUUACAGUAAUUUCAGCUAUGGUGGUUUCAGCAACGAGAAGACUGGAAAAUUUGCUUGCUCCUGGUCCGGACUAAAUUCCGGCAGUUGUGUUGUGUCGGUGUUCACCUGCUUGCGCUGAGCCUAUUGGAGUCAUUUUCAAUGCACCUUUCGAUCAAGGUAAAUUUUCAACAUUGUGAAAGGGAUCAUCUAUGUUCCCUGUCUUCAAGACUGGACAAACGGGACAUAACGAACUAUCGUGGUAUCACCAGUCUUUCGGCGGCGUCCAAGUUGUUCGAGAUUAUCUUGAGUGAAGUUGUCUUGAAUCGCUCUAAACGUUACAUGCCAUUGGACCAGCAUGGAUUUAAUCCUGGGCGAUAGGUAACUACUAAUCUUUUGGAUUUCACUAGUAUUUGCAUCAACACACUGGAGAAGAGAUCCAAAGUGAAAGUGAUAUAUAAGGAUUUGAAGUUAAUAAGGUGGUUGAACUCGUAAUAAAUUGGAAGAAAACUUUGGGUGCGACUCGGCUCUUCCGAUGUACCGCGGGGAGCCCACUUCUGUUCACAGUCCUGUUUGGAGUUAGAUGCAAACUGUGUUAUAUGCAGAUGGCAUUAAACUGUAUGUUGUUGCUUACUCGAUCGAUCGAUGCCAUCGUCUUCAGACUGUGCUGAAUACUCUCGUUGACUGGUGCCAUCGCAAUAAAGUUAUUGUCAGCGUUCCAAAAUGUGCGGUGAUGACGUUCCACCGCUCUCUGAAGCCAAUACUCUACGAUUACUCUAUUGAAAAUGUUAAGCUGCGCAGAGUAGAGCGAGUAGCGAAACUGUUUAAAUUGGAGUUGUAUUGCUUCGCGAAAUAUUCGCGUUCCUCACUCGGUGGAAGCAUUCAUUCGUCGGUCCUUGAUAGUGCUACCAAAUAUUUGUAAGAGUUCCAUUCUUGAAAUUCUAUAAUGUUCGUUUUUUGUCGGUCAUAAUUUCGUUGUGCUACGUUAACAAUGCGGUCGUGUCUUGGACACCACUCUUCUUUAUUUUUUUAUCUUUUGCAAUACGAAGAUAAAAAUUUGUUCGUAAUAUGUUACAAAACAUGAGAGUUUCACCUUUAAAAUGGUGUACAUCCCAUCUUUAUGCGUUCAUUCUAUGUAAAAAAAAAUAUUUUGUUUGUAAUGAAAAAAAUCGACAACUACUUUUCGGGCAGCCCAAUACAACACACACACCACAUGAUCUCAUACUUUUUCUUCCGCUCGUAGGGUGAGAUAUAAAUAGUAGAUUUUUUUCAUUGUACAUAAUAUCCUUCCUGGAAGAAUCUUUCGUUAGAUAAUGUAUCGAAAUGUAUGAACAAAAACCACGUUUUAGUUAGUGUAAUUUAAUUCAGUAACAACUACUGUCAACAAUAUGGUUGUCUCUAAUUUCGAAGCAGCAAAAAUAUAUAGGAGAAUGGACCGUCAGCAGUGCAGGCAGCAAACAGUUCGAUGAUAAUCCAUAAGGUGCUUUAGUUUGGGCUAAGAUUUUAUCGCGUAUAUUGUGUACAGUGUACGGGAACCCCUAGAUAUUAGUGGAAAAGGAGUAUGUAGUGAACUGUUCUAGAACGGAAAUUAACUGUAAUUUAACCAGACGCGUUCGUUUGUGUGAACUAUGAGCUAUAUUAGCGUUUAAGGUACACACAUACACACACCGCUGCUUAAUAAUGGAGCAUCCUUCUGUGUUGGGAUUCUGAUAAGUGAAAAGCGUGUGUUUAGUGAGUUGUAUAAAGGAUUAGACAAUGUUUGUUCUUUUAUGUUUUAGCAAAAGUGAGCUUCCUAAACAGACGAUGGAGGGAAAGGAAGUUCACAUGGGUCAGGUUAAGUUAGGUAUGUCGUUUCAGGCAGAAAAGUUUAUCGAAGUAGGAGGAGAAAUAGUGAGGACACAGUCUAGAUUUCCUAUUUCACGCCCAGCACAUCAUUCAAAUCGCUCGUUUGAUACAUCACUUUUUUCACAGAAUCAAGUGUCAGAUUCAGUAAAGUCAUGUUUUUUUCUCGAACAAAAAUUAAAGUUGAAAUUUGCUUAUCAAAAUUAUCUUCCAAAUUUUAAAAACAAAUCACGAAGACAAACCAACCGGAUUGCUAUCGAGGGGGGAAAAGAGAUUGGGAGAAUAUUUAUUUCUCUCGCAACAUAUUGUACAAAGCAUGUUUGAGGUAAAAUACUUUCACUAAUAAGGAAUGACCAGUAUAUCACUGCCAAUUAAAACUGAAUUAAUUCCUGCAUUAUUCCGUGCCAAUCAAACGUUGGAGGGAAAAUAUGGAAUUAAUUCUCGUGUACUCAGAAUGAAGGAAUUUUUGAGACAAAGAGACGGAAUGGAAGAAGAGAGGGGGGAAAGACAAACCCGAAUCGGAAUGGACAUGUACAGCAAAAAGGCAUGAGUAGUUAACCCCUGUAAAAUGUGGAUUAUUACUCAAUUUAUUCUUACCAUUAAUUAUCGAGAAAACAUUAAUUGGAAACACUAAUCUUAAUCGACAUUCGCUAUUAGGAAUCGCAUAAAAAAGAAACUAUUGGAAAAUGAGAAAAAAGAUUGAUCUUGAAUUAAAAAACACAAAUUGAAUGAAGAAAAAACAUGUCUUUCAACGUAUCAUUAAGGAACAUACUGCAGGAUUUUUGCCCUUUACGUGCAAAACAAACAUAUACACACACACUCAGCAGGAAACGAAGCAUGCAAACAUAUAUAAACCAAAUAAAUUUUCUUGGUGCGUUCACAACACAACAUGCUCUCGAAGGUUAUCAUCAGUUUAAUCGUUUUAUUCUCGCGCAUGAAAUUUCCCAAAAACGAAUUGAGAUAGGCGUGUGAGCCUACACAAUCAGUUUCACCUUACACAAUCACCGACUUCAUCGCUGUUGUUUCCAUUUUUCAUAAAACAGCAUAAAACAGUCGAACUGCACGAAUAGGAAAAGGUAGGGAAAAAGAGUUUCAGUAGCAAAAGAAGAAAAAGAAAAUAUGAUAGAACCGAUCUAUUUUUGUUCUUGGUGUGUUUGCUGUUGUGAUGGUGUUCUUCAACUGUAAAUAUUAAAUGAAUUUCGUUUUGUCAGCAAAAAAAAACAAUUUAAAAAAAUACCUCAGAGAAAGAAUGAAAUGGAAAACAAAAAGGUGUAAAUAUACAGUAAUAAGACGCAAAAUUGAACAAUUAUAUUAAUAUUUAAAUGACGACCGAAUACAACCUAGUGCAAGAAACAAUUCUGAAUAAAAAUACGAUAACAAAAAAAAUAAUUAUCUUUUACACUUUUAGUAGCGUGUAAGCGGUACAAGAACAGAGCGAAAAGUAAUUUUAUUUAAUGGAUAUUAUUUAUCAAACAUAACUUGAAUACACACAGAUACACUUAGAGCAACCGUGAAAGAAAGGGCGACCCACAAUCUAGGAAACUGAGAAAAACGGAAAUGGAAAAGAAAUAUCUUGGAAUGAGCGGAAAUUUGUCGACACAUACACUUAACACAUAAAUAAGAAUAAAGAAAAAACAGAGAAUACAUUUUUGAUACGAACUGUACCGUAAAAAUUCGAAGAUGCCUCUACACGUUGACGAAUUUGUGUAUUAACAACACCAUUUAAGAGAGAAAAUCGUGGUCGAUAAAAAAAAAAUGUAGGACAAGAAAAAACGUAUUAUAUAAUUAUGGCUAAGCAGAAGCAUUAUCAUCGAUUAUUGUAUUUUUUGUAGAAAAAAAUACAUUGAGAACGAAUCGAAAACGUAAAUUCUUUUGUUUCGUGGAUCGAAUUGGCAAUAUAUUAUUGUAGUAAGA